GGAGAGGAUUUCCAGCGUGGAUGUGUUUUGCUCCUUUUGCUUUGAAGCCUGAUGCCUCUCUGUUGCCACUGGUAGUGCAGGAAAGCUGUGGUGCCCCUCUGAGCAAGGCUCAGCUGCUUUCACUCUCUGUCACCAGAAGCACCGGAGCAGUUCGGAAAGGAAUCGAAAAGCCAUGCCCGAUAGCGUCACCCCCAACAGCAACAGCUUGAAUGGAAGUGCCAGUCACCUGGAUGCAACUCUAAUUACUUGCACAGAAACAGUGAGUUUCACUGAAGUGCUGGUGGAAGAGGAAUGGGGAUCCUUUUAUUAUUCCUUUAAGACAGAACAACUUGUGACCCUUUGGAUCCUUUUUGUUGUAACAGUUGUGGGGAACUCCAUUGUUCUGCUCUCCACUUGGAAGAGGAAGAGGAAAUCCAGGAUGACCUUUUUUGUUACUCAACUAGCCAUAACAGAUUGUUUCACUGGCCUUAUAAAUAUAAUGACGGAUAUAAUUUGGCGCUUCACUGGGGAUUUCAUGGCUCCUGAUCUUGUCUGCCGAAUUGUUCGCUAUUUGCAGGUUGUACUGCUUUAUGCCUCCACCUAUGUUCUGGUUUCACUAAGCAUAGACCGAUAUCACGCCAUAGUUUAUCCAAUGAAAUUCUUUCAAGGAGAAAGGCAGGCAAAAAUUCUCAUUGUGAUUGCUUGGGGCCUCUCUUUCUUGUUUUCAAUUCCAACUCUCAUCAUAUUUGGGAAGCGACAACUCUCCAAUGGGGAAGUACAAUGUUGGGCUGUUUGGCCAGAUGAUUCUUACUGGAUCCCUUAUAUGACCACAGUUGCUUUCCUGGUGUAUUUCAUUCCUCUGAUUAUUAUCAGUGUCAUUUACUUCAUUGUGAUUCGGACAAUAUGGACUAAGAGUAAAGCCCAUGCUAUAAUUGUGUCCAACUGUUCUGAUGGCAAAUUCCGCACAAGCUAUACCCAUCGAGGACUCAUAUCAAAGGCAAAAAUCAAAGCUGUCAAGUACAGUGUGGUAAUAAUCCUUGCAUUUGUGCUCUGCUGGAGUCCUUACUUCCUCUUUGAUAUCCUGGACAACUUCAGCAUCCUCCCAGAAACCAAAGAACGCUUCUAUGCAGCAGUAAUUAUUCAAAAUCUGCCAGCUCUAAACAGUGCCAUCAAUCCCAUCAUCUAUUGUAUCUUCAGUGACACCCUUUGCCAGGCUUUCAGAUCAAGAAGACGGUCAGGAAAUCUGGGGACUUUCAGAGAGAGAACAGAAGGUCUAGAGAUGCAGGUUCUGUCCAAGCCAGAAUAUAUUUAAAGAUUGUGUAUUACUACAAAGACCACAUUGAAACUGCAGGGUGAAAAUAAAAGUCUCAUGAGAAUUCUUUGUAUAUUGAGAGUCAGGAAUUCGCUAUACACUCUUGUGGCCAAAAGCAUGUUCCAUGCAAACAGAAGCUGAACUUCUGCACUGCUGGUCAGAUCUGGAGCCUGUCUAUGCUUUUGAGGCACAUUACAUUGUGUAUGCAUCCAGUUUAUGCGAUUGAAACUAGAACACUAUCUUUAUAAAAGAUGUCAAAUUUUAACAUGAUACCAUACUGUUUGUAUUACAGAUAUAUUGUCGAAGGCGUUCAUGGCCGGAAUCACUGGGUUGUUGUAGGUUUUUCCGGGCCAUGUUCUAGAGGCAUUUUCUCCUGACAUUUCGCCUGCA